AUGGCAGGAAAUAUUAUAGAUGCGCCUGAUUGUUUGACUGAUAGUGGAAGAAGCUCCCCAAUGCCAAACAGAAAAAGAGAGAUGAAUGGAUUUGAAGUGGUUGGAGACCAAAAGAAUAUUCGACUCCUUCAAGAAGCAGACGCCAUUCUUCAAACUCUUCAACAAUCGUUUGUAGUAGAAGAAUUGACAAGAAGUCUGUUUCGGUUACAAGAUCUGUUCCAAAAUGAAUAUAUACAGAAGUAUUUAGAAAAUAAUCAAGUGUAUUUACCAGUUUUAUCUGUUAUGAAACAUCUAGAAGAUUAUAUACAUAUACAAUUGAUAGGUUUACAGUUAUUAUGUCAAUUUAUAGCCACUAGUUCUACUCUUCAAGAAAACAUCAGACAUUCAGAUGCUCACAAUUUAGUUAUAAAGAUUUUACUUGAAAAUACAUCAAAUACUGAACUUAUUUUGUAUGGUAUGAAAAUAUUCUCUUCAUUAUUGCAAUCUGCUAAAGAACUGUGUAUACAGCUAAAGAAAGAAAGAAAAUGUUUAGAAGUAUUGGAAUUAAUAGUUAAAUCUAUUACAACAUUUCCUGAUCAUGAAGAAAUCCAAAUUAAUUCACUCUUAUCUUUAGCACAUUAUCUUCACUUUGAUGUUGAGGUAAAUAUUGAAGUAUUGAAUAAAUAUUUUACCUGUAUUACUGAAUCUCUAGCCCUACAUUCUUCUCAUCCACAAAUUGUAAAUCAAAUACUGUUAGUCUUCUACAGACUGGCUCAGCAUGAAUCAGUACAACAAGAUAUGGUUCAGUCUAGAUUUCUAGUAGAAGUUAUGUAUCCUAUUCUGGUAUCUAGACCUAAUGAUAUAAAUUUACAGAUACAUGGUUUAAGAAUAUUUGCUAAUACAGCUUGUGGUUUGUUUAAAGAAAAGGAAAGUACAGAACUAGCAUCAGAAUGGACGAAAGUUAUUUAUUCAUCUAUGUCACAACAAAUGGACAAUGCUUACAUUCAGGAGCUAUGUUGUAAAGCAUUAAGUGAACUAUUAUGUUGUAAACCUGAAGCAUAUAUGUGGAUUGGAGAUAGUGCAGAACUUAGACAGGACCCAUUACAUACUCUGUGUUUAGGAGCUUUAUUGAUGCAUAGAAAGAUACAAAGUGUUUUCACUUCUGCUUGUGAAUGUUUUUUCUACCUGACAGCCGACAAUGAUUGGUUGUGUAAGAAUAUGAUGGAGAAGAAUUCACAUGUUGCUAUAAUAGAAGGUAUUAAACAACAUAUAGACACAGCUAAAGCAGUAGCUGCUGGCUGUAAAGCUAUCAGAGGACUUUGUAUUUUCCAUGAUGAAAAUAAGCUUAUUGUAUCAGAAUAUGAUGAUAUUUUGAUGUUAUUAGUGAAAAUAUUACGAAUGUAUAAUCAAGAUAUUGGUGUAUUAUGUGAAGCUAUUUCUACUAUUGCAUGUUUAGCUGAUAAUGAUGUGAUACGUCAUCAAUGUUUAGUUGAGAAUGUACAUGGAUAUUUAUUGGUUAUAUUGGAUGAGUUCACUGAAGAUGUUAUAAUACAAGAAGCUGUGAUAGAAACCCUAGCUGUUAUAGGUGGUGCUACUAGUGGGGCUGAAAUAUUAAAUAGAGAUGGAACUGUGGAGAAAAUAAUUAGAACUUUACUCAACUUUCAACUAUAUAUUAAUAUUCAGAAGAAAGGGAUAAUGACACUACAAAUUAUAGUAGAUAAUGAUAUAUUACAAUCUGAAGAUAUGUGUUCAGAUUUAACACAACUUAUAAAGAUGAUAAUGAUGACACAUAAAAAUGUUCUUAGUGUUCAGAGAGAGGCAGUGGUGUUUAUGCAGAUAUUAGCUGAAAAGGGUAAACGGAUGAGUAAAAUACUUGUAAAUCAAGGUUGUCAUGAGUUAUUGUUUCAGAUAUUAGAAAAAUAUGUUGAUGAUAAAGGAUUAAAUGAGUUAGCUAUUGGAUGUUUAUAUAUUACAGGAUUAUAUUAUUUAGCUAUUGAAUGUUUAUAUAUUACAGGAUUAUAUGAGUUAGCUAGUGAAUGUUUAUAUAUUACAGGAUUAUAUGAGUUAGCUAGUGAAUGUUUAUAUUUUACACGAUUAAAUGAGUUAGCUAGAUUAUAUGAGUUAGCUAUAGAAUGUUUUUAUAUUACGGGAUUAUAUGAGUUAGCUAGUAAAUGUUUAUAUUUUACAGGUUUACAUGAUUUAGCCAGUGAAUGUUCAUAUAAUAAAGGAUUACAUGAUUUAGCCAGUGAAUGUUUAUAUGUUACAGGAUCACAUGAGUUAGCUUUUAAUGGUUUAUAUAUUACAGGAUCACAUGAGUUAGCUAGAUUGCAUGAGUUAGCUAGUGAUUGUUUAUAUUUUACAGGAUUACAUGAUUUAGCCAGUGAAUGUUUAUAUAUUACAGGAUUAUAUGAGUUAGCUAGUGAUUGUUUAUAUGUUGCAGGAUUAUAUGAUUUAGCUAUUGAAUGUUUAUAUAUUACAGGAUUAAAUGAGUUAGCUAGAUUACAUGAUUUAGCCAGUGAAUGUUUAUAUGUUAUUGGUUGUGAACAGAAUCUGAAAUCAGAUAUGUUAUUAGUAGCUUGUGCUAAAGGUUUUUACUUAGGUGUAGAAUGUUUAUUACAAAUUGGUUCUGAUGUUAAUAUUGGUGAAGGACAAGAGACACCAUUAUAUUAUGCUGUUAAGAACCAAGAUGAAAACAUGGUGAAAUUGAUAUUAGAACAUAAUGUAUGUGAUAUAUUAACAUCAUUACAACUCAGUUUAGAUAAACAGUAUGAUUAUAUUACUGGUCUUCUAUUAUCAUAUAUAGAUUCAGACAGAGAUCAUCAUAAAGCUGGUGUAGUGGUAUGGAAUGGUAUAGGUUUAGGUGAUCUUAAACCUGAGUGGUUUUUACCACUAAUUGGUGGUGUUAGAGAAGGUAAAACAGCCCCAGGUGUAGGAAGAAGGUUAUCAACCAAAAUAAAGAAAAGUGAACAGAAACGAGCUAAAAGAUUAACUCGAUCACCUAGUGAUUCCUAUGUAGAUAUUAUGAAACAUCAUUGUUGGCGUAUACCACCUAAUAAUGUAGAUAUGAUAAAACAUAGAGUUUCUAUUAUAAAACAAAUUAGAGAGGCUGAAACUCUGAAAGCUAGAGAUAAGAAAACAAAGAGUUUACCUAAAAAGAUCAAAGCACAUCUAAGCAACAUCAAGGACAAUGGUUCUAAAAAAUCUCCUCAAGGUAGUCCAAAGGUAUCCAGUACAUCUGAUUUAAAUCUGAGAUAUAACUCAACAUCUACUCUACAGGGAGAACUACCACUUACAGAAGAAAUUGAUGCAUCUUUAAUCAUACCCAUACCAGAUGAUCCAUUUUUUGAGAAUAGUACAGAUGAAUGGGAAGAAUGGAAGAAAACUACAUUAACUGGUGCUAAAUUUCCUUUUCAUCCAGAUGAUCCCAGGAGACAAAGAGAGAAGAAAGUUGGUGGCAUGACUGCACCUCCAGUAAAAUGGCAGCGUAAAUUUUCUGCUAAGAAAUCUGGUUAUUCUCCACCACCAGGUCAAAGCAAUAAUUUUCAGUCCUGGGAGAGAUUAUCACCUGUUUCUACAUCCUCUAGAUUAUCAAUUUCUGUAGAAAUGGGUGUUGAUAGAAAUUACAGAUCUAGUUAUAGUAUUGAUGAGACAGAUUUGGAGACAAGUUUUGAUGAAAGCAGUGAUAAACAGAAUACAGACUAUCCAGAGUUUACCAUUAAAUCUCUCGAUGUCUCUAGUAAUAAUAUUAAUACAUUAGAUCUACUGGUGGCGAAGGGAGAGAUAUUUCUACAGAAAUUUGAACAAGUAACCAAAUUAGAUAUAUGUCAUAACAGAAUAUCAGCUCUACCUUCUACUCUUACACAGGUUGUUACUUUUUAUACCAACACUGCUGUGUGUAAUUUGUAA